GAGCUGACUCCGGGUUAGAUGACACACCUUUGAGCAUUCUUGUUUGAGUUUGUAUAUUUACAUUUGGAAUCUGAAAGGUUUGAACCUGGAAAUCAUUUUAAAGUGACAAUAUUGGACCAAACAUUUUAUGUUGAAUUUGUCCCCCCAAUGAUCCCUUGACUGUUGCUGUUUCUGUACUCAAGCUGCACCGUGUCGCACCGGUCAGAAUCAUGGAACCUGAGUUUGAAAGAAGAUUACUACGGCAGAAAAAUGGACAGUCACCAAUCGGCUCACCUACAACUCUGCCCAUCUCGCCUGGCAAGGCAGCGUCUCCAUCCAAGGACCGUUACAGCGAUCGUUUCAUCCCCAGCAGAGCAGGCAGCAACUGGCAGGUCGGGUUUGGCUCUAUCCAGCAGGAGACAGAUGAAACACAGCCGGCUGGUCGGAGGGGCAAGGAGGUCGGAGACUCUAGCAAAGACAUGCUUGCCUACCACUGCCUGCUGAAGAAUGAGCUGCUCGGAGCAAACAUUGAUAAGAUCAAAGACCCACAGUGCGAGGACAGACGGAUGGUCAGCCCACAGAAGGUCAAGCGCAAUCUCUUCCAAUACAAUGUCCAAGCCAAGAGACCAAGCCUAGCCCAGGGAGAGGACUCCCCGCCAUACUCGUUAUCACCAAUAGGAAAUAAAAGUCAAAAGCUGCUACGAUCACCACGGAAACCAAUGCGGAAGAUCUCCAAGAUUCCUUUCAAGGUUCUGGACGCACCGGAGCUUCAGGACGACUUCUACUUGAAUCUUGUCGACUGGUCAUCAGGGAAUAUACUCAGUGUGGGCUUAGGUACAUGUGUGUAUCUAUGGAGUGCAUGCAAUAGUCAGGUAACACGGUUAUGUGAUCUAUCAGGGGAUGGAGACACAGUCACCUCUGUGUCUUGGAAUGAGAGGGGCAACCUGGUAGCGGUAGGAACACACAAGGGUCUGGUACAGGUGUGGGACUAUGCUGCCCAGAAGAAGCUACAUGCAUUGGAUGGGCAUGCAGCAAGAGUUGGGGCACUGGCAUGGAAUGCAGACAGCUUAUGUUCCGGCAGCAGAGAUCGGAUGAUCCUGCAGAGAGAUAUCCGCGUGCCAGGGGUCAUACGACGGCUCGGAGGUCACCGGCAGGAGGUGUGCGGUCUCAAAUGGUCACCGGACCAUCAACAUCUAGCUUCAGGAGGCAACGAUAAUAGGCUGUUUGUAUGGAACCACUCGAGCACCUCUCCAGUCCAGCAGUACACUGAACACAGUGCAGCGGUCAAGGCGAUAGCCUGGUCACCUCACCAGCACGGUCUGCUAGCGUCAGGGGGCGGCACGGCUGACCGGUGCAUCAGGUUCUGGAAUACCCUCACAAGUCAGCCGCUGAACUAUGUGGACACGGUCUCGCAAGUCUGCAAUCUGGCCUGGUCUAAACAUGAUAAUGAGCUGGUAAGCACACACGGCUACUCACAGAACCAGAUCCUGGUGUGGAAGUACCCAUCUUUAGUGCAAGUUGCCAAGCUUACAGGUCACACCUACAGAGUACUAUAUCUGGCGGUAUCUCCUGAUGGGGAAGCGAUCGUAACAGGAGCUGGAGACGAAACGUUACGCUUCUGGAAUGUCUUUAGCAAGUCUAGAUCAACCAAAGAAUCUAAAUCAGUACUCAACCUGUUCAAUCACAUUAGAUGAGUGAGGGACUUGACAAACAAACAAACAAAGACUAUUUGUUAUACCUCUAUAGACUACACUAAUUGGACAUUAUACGAGAUCAUGGAGAAACCAAGCAACUUUGUGUAAUCUUUGUUUGUAUGAGCAAGCUGAACUCCAUUUCACAUCACACCACAAGGUAUUGGACUGGAGUAGCACCAUGCAAGGGCAAGGCCUGCUUGUGCUGUGGAAUAUCCUUAUCAUUGAGGAGAAGAACACAAUGGUUGUUGGAGAGAGCAGAUGAUUGUUACGCCUCUUGCAUUUCAACUGUUACACAAGUGUCACGGCAGACCCACGCCAGAUAUCUGACUGGGAUAAUAAUAUAUAUAAUAAUGAUGGAGUCUUGUAUAGCGCUCACGUCUGGCAUAUUGCCACUCCUGGCGCUCCAUUAUCAUAACCCUGGUUUUAGCACGGCUGCUGUCACGGCGCUCAACCAUUUCAAGUAAAUAAUUCCUGCCAGGUACCCAUUUACCUCACCUGGGUGGAGUAUGGCAAUUGUUGAUCAAUGUCUUGCCAAAGGGCAUUAGUGCUGAGACAGGGAUUCGAACCCAGUACCUUGUGGUUCACAGUCCGGAGACUUAUCCACUGGACCACAGCACCUCUAGGGAUAGCACAUAGCAACGGAACAUGGGAAUUCUUUCUCGAGGAGCUUCAUGUAGUUUUAGGAUUGAAAGUUACUGUUGGCGAAAGAGUUGAUAAUGAAUAGCUCUCACAUCACAGCUCUACAAUCUACUGCGACCAAACCCAUUGGCAGAUAACAAAUGGGGACAGCAAGUAGAAAUGGCAAAA